AUGACGCUGAUUGGGAUCUCCUCUGAAAGAAUUGAGACAAUAUGGAAUAGAUGGGAGGUCCGAGUAUUAGUUUUACUCAGUCUCUUCUUGCAAAUAGUUCUCAUCGUUUUGGGCAAACGGAGGAAGUACAUACCCAAAAAUUGGAUUAGAAUAUUCCUUUGGGUUGCGUAUUUGUCUGCAGAUUGGAUUGCGACUGUUUCGCUUGGCGUCCUCUCCCGAAAAGAAGGUGCUAAGAAAACUCAGUCAUACGAACCCGACUAUGUGAUAAUGGCAUUCUGGGCACCAUUUCUUCUCGUGCAUCUUGGUGGUCCAGACACCAUUACUGCCUAUUCAUUGGAAGACAAUGAAUUGUGGCCAAGGCGCUUGGUUGAGUUAGUAGUCCAACUUAUUGUGGCAUUGUACGUGUUGUCAAGGUCCUGGGUAUACACCAAAGUUAAUUUUCUAGCAAUUCCAAUGUUGAUAGCUGGAAUAAUUAAAAUUGGGGAGCGGAUAUGGGUUCUGCGAGCUGCAAGCAAUGAUGUAUUCAGAGACUCAAUGCUCCCUCGACCCGAUCCAGGACCUAACUAUGCCAAAUUCAUGGAUGGAUACGAUGCCAAGAAAGCUGAGGGAUUCAAAAUCUCUGUAGGGACAAUAAUUGAUACUUCCACAGUUGUGAGACACGAUAAUUUUUCAGAUGCAUUACAUGAGGCCUCUUACUUCUUCAGAGCUUUCAAGCCUUUAUUUGCAGAUCUCAUCCUAAGCUUCCAAGAUCGCGAGAAUAGCCGAUCUUUCUUCCAACAAAAAGAGACUGGCAAAGAAGCUUUUGAGGUGAUAGAGAUUGAGCUCGGGUUCAUGUACGAUUUACUUCUUACAAAGGCUGGUUUGAUCCAUUCUUGGCCAGGCAGCAUUUGUCGUUUUGUCAGUUUAUUAUGUACUAUUUCUACUCUAAUAGCCUUCUUGAUCAUCGAUAGAAAUGAUUACUCAACCAUCGACACGAGCGUCACUUUUUUGUUGCUGUUUGGAGCUAUCGUUCUAGAAAUUUAUGCAGUAAUUGUAUUACUUUCUUCAGAUUGGACACAGCUUUGGCGGAGUAAGCAGAAGAAACCAUUGGUGGAUCUCAUCUCUAAAGCCAACUCGUGUUUUCAAUCAUGUUUUGGAUCAUGUAAACUAUUACCUCUAAACAAGAGAUGGUCGGAAUCUGUGGGGCAAUACAACCUAAUGAGUCACUGCAUCAAAUGUAAGUCAUUUAAAGGGAGUCGAACCAAGAAGUACAUUGAUGAAAUGUUAGAGAAAUAUUGGUACCAGAAUUUGGAGCCUGUCCAUGAUGGGGAUAAGGGUUUGAAAGAAAAGAUCUUUGAACAGCUUAAGAACGCAAGCAGCAUAUCAGAUAUCAGCGUUUCUGAGCAAUUGUACCAGAAUUUGAAGCCUGUCCAUGAUGAGGAUACGGGUUUGAAAGAAAAGAUCUUUGAACAGCUUAAGAACGCAAACAGCAUAUCAGAUAUCAGCAAAUUAUUUGCUUAUACUGGAAAUGAUGCUGAGACAAAAAGGUUUUUUCAUAAUCUUGCUCAGAGCACGGAGGAAAACUUUGAUGAAACCAUUCUUCGCUGGCACAUUGCAACAGAUCUCUGCCAUUAUAGUGAUGAGGACAAUGACUUCCAAAAUGUGACAGAUCUCUGCCAUUAUAGUGAUGAGGACAAUGACUCCCAAAAUGUCACAAAUUUGAUACGUAUAAGCAAGUUGUUGUCGAAUUAUUUGGUGUUCCUUCUAGUAAUGCACCCUUACAUGCUGCCCAGUGGGAUUGGUCAAAUUAGAUUUCAGGACACUUGUGCUGAGGCUAUCGAGAUUAUAGAAGAAAGAGAAUAUAUAUCAGACGAAAAAAAAGCUUGUGAAGUGCUAUUUAAAGUGAACACAGAAAUUCUGCCAUCUCAAAUAAAAGGUGACAGGAGCAAGUCGGUGCUAUUUGAUGCAUGCAUAGUUGCACAAUCUCUGCGAUUCCUGGAGACACAACAGAAGUGGGAGAGGAUAAGCCAAGUGUGGGUGGGGAUGCUAUCUUAUGCUGCAAGUCAGUGUAGCUGGAAUUACCAUGCUAGGCGGCUCAGUCAAGGUGGAGAGCUACUCACUCACGUCUGGCUUCUGAUGGCCCAUCUGGGUAUAACUAAACAUUUCCAGAUUUCAAGGGGCCAUGAAAGGGCUAAGUUGUUUCUGAGUUAG